UUCAGUCAUUGCAGAUGUUCAUGAAUCAAAAUACUUUGGUGUUGUUUUCGUCUGUUUGAAUUUCGCGUAGUAAUGCAUUCGUGACAGGUCAGUGUUUUCACGCGUGAAGAAGUGAGAUGCCUUAAUGAAAUAUUGCUGGUGAACACUUUCAGUGUCAUAAUGUCCGGUGGCAAAUCAGUAAUUGUACUAACACCGAACGGCAGACGCCAAACAGUGAAGGUUACACCGAACACCACGAUUUUGCAGGUCCUCGAAGAAGUAUGCCGUAAGCAUGGAUUUCAAGCAGAAGAAUAUGACAUUAAACAUCACAAUCAUGUCUUGGACCUGACCUCAGCAAUACGUUUUUCUGGUCUUCCAAACAAUGCACAGUUGGAAAUGGCACCAAUAGCUAAGCAACGAAAAGAAUCUGAAGUUACUGUUGCUCUACAGUCUGAGUCUGGAAGCAGGAACAUGGGAAGUUUUGUGCCAACAGAUAAUUUAUGGGACAUUGUGCAGAAACUUUGUCCAGAAGGAACAGAUAUUAGCUCAAACCCUGUGGUGAUAUAUAUGCGUUCAGAAGUAGUGGGCGUACAGAAACUUAGAGAAACAACAUUAAGAAAUCUGGGCAUAACUGGUGGUAGAGCCAUGUUGAGGUUGAUUCAACGUGCACCAGAAGAGCUCCAGUAUCAAGCCAAUGUAUCAGCUCCUUUAGCACACAGAUCUGUGGAACCUGUUACUAAAAAGGCACCUGAGAUUGCUAAAUCCCCACCAGAGCAGUUAAAAUUAUCACCCAAGGAGUUAAAACCCCACAAAGAAACUUCAAAGACAGUUGAAUCAGCAAUAAGGAAUGUUACUAGUGUAGACAUGGAAGGGUGUGUGCAUUCCACAGAUGUAACCAAUGUACAGCAAGUGACUACUACUAAAAUUGAAGAGAAAAAAGAAAAUCAGGACAUAUUCAUUGAUUCCCAGAGGUGUACUGAAAAUAAAACAAAGAAAAUUGAUAGAGAUGAUGCUUUGAAGAUGGAUGUUCCUGUUGAUAGAGAAGCUGCUCCUACAACACCACAUUGUGCAGAUCCAGGUCCUGAACCUGUUGAAGAAGAACUUAUUCUAUUAGGUGAUAGAAAUGCUAUUGCUUUCAAUUCUGCUUGCGUGCAGAGUGCUGUUUAUGAUGAUCUCCCAGAUGAUUUUUUUGACCUGACUGUAGAGGAUGCACGAAUAUUACUGAGAGAUAUAAAACGUCGAAGGGCUGAACUGGAGGAUGCUCCAAUCACAACAUCUGCCAUGAGGGAACUGGAAGCGUCAAAGCAGGUGCUCAACAACUUGGGCCGGUACAAGAAAUCUGUGAUACGAAUUUACUUCCCAGACCAGCUAGUUUUACAAGGCACUUUUGCUCCUCAUGAAACAGUCAGCACUGUGGCACAGUUUGUAAGGGGCUUCCUUUGUGAUCCUGAAUUACAGUUUUAUCUUUUUACAGCUCCUCCAAAGCAAGUACUUUCAGAUGACCUACAUCUAGUAGAAGCUGGCCUAAUUCCCAGUGCAGUGAUCCACUUUGGAUCAGAGAAACCUGCUGGGGAUGGAUCUUAUCUGAAACCUGACAUCAUGAAUCGGCUGACAUCCCCCAAUGCAGCUUUAAACAUAGCUAGUCGUCACAGGGACACACCCCAUGUCACCCAGAAUCGGGAAACUGUAAAUACUGAUAAGCCAAGCACUAGUGGGACGCAGCCACAUCACUCUAAAGAGAACCCAGUUCACAAGUCAAGCCAGAGAGCAGCUACUGUUUCUUCGGACAUACAUCCAAAUAAAAUACCUAAGUGGUUUAAACCAUUAUAAUGUUUUGUUUAUAAUUGUAAGUUUUGGUUUGAUUUGAUGUUUUAUCCAUAUUUUUAUUAAAACUGCAUGUUCAUAAAAUUACUAUUUUGUCAAUAUAUUUUACCUGAAAUCUGAAAAUUAUAUUUAUUUCAUUGUAAAUAUUAUAUUACUUUGUAAUAUUUAAAUAUCCCUGUAUCAGAGUAACAGGGCAGCUGUAAUAGCAACAGCCAAGUAGAAAAAUAACUUAGUCACACAUUCUGUUCUGUUCACUGUCGUAAUAUUGUUCUGCUAUCUCAGGUGUUGGUUACACUAUCAAGUGUAACCAAGAAAAUUACUAUUGUAAAUUGUAUUGGUUACAUGCUUUGUUUCACUGUGCUGAUUAUUUUAUGCAGCAGAGGCUAGUAGUGAAUGUGCGCAGACAAGUGACCAGGCUAUUACGAUCCUGCAAAGCAUACUCAACAUUAUGUGUUAGCAGAGAAUGUGGGAAUUUAUGCAGUAUGGAACUUUACAGAUGUUACUGCUGCAACCACUGCCCUCUUUUAUGCUGCCUACUGUGCCUACUGUCAAUUUGUUAUUCUAGGUCAUAUUCAGUUAAAUCACUUAUGUUUGGAGAAGUAACAUCUCACACAUUUUGUGGAAAAUGUUGAAACCCUUGUUAAUGUCAAA